CUCCAUCUUUGUUUUGCUUCCCUUCCCUUUGCCUGCUCUGCAAAAGAAAGCAAAUCUCUGGUUGCUAGCUGUUGUAAGCUAACUUCUCCUCGUCCAUGGCGUUCGCCACAAUAAAUCUCAACGUGGACGUCAACAGUUGCCUAGGCGGACUGUGGGCAUCGCUUCGACUGGGCAGGCCAAAAUCUGGCAUCCAGAAGUUGGAAAAGGAAAUGACAAGAUUGAGAGGUAAAAGGGACGACAUCAAGAACCAGAUCGAAGAGGCGGAGCGUGAAGGGAAAAUUCCGACCAACGAAGCGAGCCAGUGGCUACUGGAUGUGGAGGAAUUGGAAGGCCAACUGGCUGUUAUCAAGCAGGAUUUCCAAAGCAUGAGUUGCUUCAGUUGCAAUUGCUUCAAUCAAACUGGCGGCACAUCGAGUCAAACACAGGAAGCAGGAGAUCAGCUCUCUAUCAGAGAGUCAUCAAAUUGCUGCUCCAUCAUUCGAAGAGUGGCAAAAAUGCUCAGCGAGGCUAAUGAAUUGAUGAGCAGAGCUGGUGCACUGGAUCCGAUUGUCACAGUUCGGCCUCCGCGACCCACCGUGAUGCUUUCCAUCUCGCACCGACCGCCUGUUGGGAUCGAGUCGGAUGUGGAGGGCAUUGUGAGCUACAUCGAUGGUGGAGAAGGCAACAUCAUAGGCAUCUACGGAAUGGGCGGUGUCGGUAAGACCACCAUGUUGAAGAGGAUCCAGCGACACUAUCAUCUUAACCAUGCCAUAUUUGAUUGUGUCAUUUGGGUUGUGGCCUCCAAGGACUGCCAAUUGAAAAGGCUCCAGAUGGAUAUUGCUAAGAGUCUAGGACUGAACACACUGCAGGAGAAUGACGAUGAAAAAACUUGUGGUGAUAAGCUCUUUAGCUACUUGAUGAACAAGAGCUGCUUGAUGUUUCUUGAUGACAUUUGGGAACAUCUGAAUCUUCAACUGUUGGGGAUGGCACACUCGGCUACUGAGCAAGGCCAGCAGCAGCAUCAGCAGCCGCGCAAAGUCAUGGUGUUCACGACCCGCAGCGAGACAGUGUGUGCACAAAUGAAGGCGGAAAAGAAGAUCAAAGUUAGAUGUCUGGAUUCAGAACAAGCAUGGCAACUCUUUGAGCAGAACAGCGAUGGGGAUGUUCUCAGCUCAGAUGCUGGAAUUAAGUUCGUCGCUGAAGAACUUGCUAAAGAAUGCGCAGGCCUUCCGCUCGCUCUUGUCACCGUCGCCCGGGCUAUGUCUGGGAAAAGGUCUUGGGAAGCUUGGAAGGAAGCUCUCCAUCAAAUAAGGGACAAACAUGAGUGGACAACCAUCAGUCUUUCAGAAGAUUCACUAGUCAUGUAUAAAGCCUUCAAGCUGAGCUACGACAGUUUAGAGAAUGACUCCAUAAGAGAAUGUCUCUUGUGCUGCGCUUUGUGGCCCGAAGAUUAUGAGAUCAACAAAUUCGAAGAGUUGAUACCGUGUUGGAUAGGUUGCGGCAUAUUCGAUGAAUUUAAUGUGAUCAAUGAAGCUUUCGCCAAAGGCUACUCCCAUCUGGAAGCUCUCGGGGCUGCAUCCUUGCUAGAGAAAUGUGAUUCGGACUAUGUCGUAAAGAUGCACGAUGUCAUCCGAGACAUGGCACUGUUGAUGGUUUCUGGGUUGAAGGGAAACAAAAGAAAAUGGAUUGUAAAAGCAGGAAUCGGGUUGAGUGAUUUGCCUAGACAAGAAGAAUGGCAAGAAGCAGAGCGAGCAUCAUUCAUGCGCAAUAAGAUUACUUCUUUACAAGAGUAUGGAGCUUCCAUUUUUCCAAAACUUUAUAUGUUGAUUCUUCAUGGAAACAGAGGCCUGAAAAGAAUUCCUUUGAGUUUGUUCGCAAGCAUGCCUCAUUUAACAUACUUGGAUCUCAGUAACUGUGGUAUAACAAACCUUCCCAAGGAGAUUUGUAGUUUAACUGAGCUUCAAUAUUUAAACUUGUCGAGCAAUCCUAUUACAAGACUAUCAGCCAAGUUUGGUUGUCUCAUAAAAUUAGAAUACUUGCUUCUAAGGUAUACUAAUCUUGAGAUUGUACCCAAUGGAACGAUAUCCAAUUUAUCAAUGCUCAAAUGGUUGGAUAUACCUCACGCUUAUCCUGCAAAUGAGUGGUGGUGGGAUGAGCUGAAAUAUUUCAAAGGGCGCCACCAAUUGAGUGUGGGAAUUACCAUUAAUGCUACAACAAAUGAUAUUGAGCGACUCAACAUGUUACCAUUAAAUGUCUCCAUAUGGGAACUCACUUUGGAUGGAGAGAAUAUUUCAAAACUUCCAAACUACGAUCUGGGCAGUUCACAAUGGGGUUGUAGGGUAAGUGACAAGCUUGAGUUUUUGUACAUUCAGAACCUCAGAUUAGACCGAUUAGAGUUGGCUGUAGGCGUGGGUCGCGAAUCAAGUUUCGGAUGUUUAAAGAGACUCUGGUUUAUUGACCUAGAACUAUUGGAAGAGAUUUCAUUGAAUAGAAUUCGGCUCUAUAACCUUCGUGAAAUAUAUAUUUCUGAGUGCCCCAUGUUGAAGGAUGUUUCUUGGGUUCUCCAACUGCCAUGCCUUAAUUCUCUAUGCAUAGUUAAUUGUGAAAAGAUGGAGGAACUAAUAAGUGAGGUAGGGAACUCCAACUCUAUCUCUAGUUCUAGCAUCCAGAACUUGGCUUUGGACAACAUGCCAAACCUCAAUCGCAUUGCAAAUCGACCGCUCCAUUUUCCCUACUUGGAAUAUAUAGACGUGAAUGAUUGCCCAGAGCUCAAAAAAUUACCAUUUGGGGCUGAAAUAUUGAAGAACAGAUUAAAAGUGAUUAAAGGUGAAGAGUAUUGGUGGAACAACUUGGAUUGGGAUGACGAGAGCCUCAAGGAUUCCCUCGCCCCUUAUUUUAGGUCCCGUCAUUUUAACUUUUGGCCAAUUUCAAAAUGGAGCAUCGACCUUUUGGUCAAGGAGGCUAUCGAAUUUGAUCGUCGUAAACGUAAAGGUAGCAAGUAAAGGAUAUAUGGAGUCGCUUGGAGGUCCUGUCCGCUAGUCCCACGUCACAUUCGAGGAUGAUCUUAUGGUUUUGGUAUUUCUUAUGCUAUUUGUGUUUUGGUUUUGUACUAGUUCUUGUAUUUGUGGAUUCUUUAUAUGGAGUUUUGUUUGUGGUAUCUUGUAUUUGGUUUGGUGUUGAUGUGUCAAGCCGAGGUGACUCACAGUUAGUUGUAUUGUGGUUUUGUGAUCGUUAUUUGUGAUUUUCGCUGUAUUUUACUUUCAGCCGUGUGAGCUGUUUAAUAUAUAUAUAACUGCGUGGUUGUGUUUA